AUUUCGCCUUCUGCCUACCUAUCCCUAUCCCUCCUUCGCCUUCGGUCUCCUUGUAUAACCCAAGCGACGCAAGGCUUCCCGUCUGGCGCCUAGGCCUUCUACGUACUAUCCCAACGCGACAGAACGUGUCUGCAAACUCCGGCGCGCCGUGCAAUCUUCGUCCAAACCCGUCUCCGCCUCCCCACCCACGACACGCUCGGAAUAAGGCCGCAGCGAGACUACACGCUCCUCAGCUCGCUCGCGCCGACCCUGCAAUUCACGCACUCUCAGAGCAGCUGAUCGAACUAGUGAAUACGGCCGACGGCAGCUGCUUGCUAUCUUGCUUCUCUCCCUACUUCGAGGUCGGCGUACAGCCUCCCCCUUUCUCUCUCUUCUACGUACUGGUGUAGACCCACCUCCCCUCGACAGCCAAGAUGUUGAAAAUAUGGUCUAUGAAAAAGGAGCAGCAGAAGGUGGAAAAUGCCGAGGGCGCUGGUGGGAAGAAGAAGAAGGUGACGGCUGCCGAACUCAGAGUCCAGAAAGAUCUCUCCGAGCUGUCCUUAGGGACGACGAUGAAGACCGAAUUCCCCAACCCGGAUGAUAUCCUCAACUUCAUUCUCGAGAUAACGCCCGACGAGGGCGUCUACCACGGCGGCCGGUUUACCUUCACCUUCAACUUAGCCCAAGGCUACCCACACGAGCCACCCAAGGUGCGAUGUCAACAAAAGAUAUAUCACCCCAACAUCGACCUCGAGGGCAAGGUGUGCUUAAAUAUCCUCCGCGAGGACUGGAAGCCAGUUCUGAACCUCAAUGCCGUUAUCGUUGGCCUGCAGUUCCUGUUCCUGGAGCCCAACGCGUCAGACCCCCUCAACAAAGAGGCCGCCGACGACCUACGGCAGAGUCGAGAUAACUUUAGGCGGAACGUACGGGCGUCGAUGAGUGGUGGCUCAAUACGCGGCACUUCGUAUGAUCGCGUGGUCGUUGGCAGCGCCUAGGCGAGUUACCAAGGGCUCGAUUAUUUGAUGAUACUAUAGAACUUGCAUGCGAUCCCGCAUGUUCACAUCGCGGCAGAAUGCCGGAGUAGGCAUGUUAUCUGCCACAAGUACAGAUUUGGGAUAAAAUGGCCUACUCGGGGGUGGGGGUAGUAGUGGUGAGGAAAGACGGGGCGC